AUGUCAAUAACACAAUCACAACAACAAUCUUUAAAUAAGAUACAACAGAAUACAGAAUUUAUAGAAGACGAAAUGGAAGAGAUAUUUGAAUUAGAAGAUUCGUCAUCCCUAUCAUCAUCAUUAUCUUCAACAAUAACACCAUCAUCUACAUCAUCUAUGCCAUCUUCCCCAAUACAAUCACCUUUAUUAUCUGCAUCAUAUUAUAAGUAUCAUCAUCUGGAAGAUGAUGAUGAUGAAUUAUUAUCAAACUAUGAUUAUUUAUUAUACGAAUGUUUUAUUUGCAAGCAAAGACUAGAGAGUAGUGAUCAUAACUGCACCGGAUAUGAUCAACUGCAACAUUCAUCAUCAAUUGUUAAUGAUCAACAAAUUGAAAAAAACAAUCAAUUAAUUACAAGCAAUUAUAGAAAAUGGUUAUUCGAUUUAACACCAAAGUUACCUUAUUAG